GCUUCAUUUUCAUUUCUCUUCCCCGUAGCGAUAGUUAGGUUUUUUUCCCGUUGUUAAUGAUGCAUCAGCCACCGUCAAACGCCGCCGGAGCAGGACAGAUACCAUCGGGACAGCAGCAGUUGUGGAUGAUGAUGCAGCAGCAGCAGCAGCAGAGGCAGUCGGCGCCGCCACUAGGUCAACAGCAGCAGUACGGAGCUGGAUCUCAGAAUCCAGGUUCCGCUGGCGAGGUCAAGUCGUUAUGGAUCGGAGAUUUGCAGCAAUGGAUGGACGAGAGCUACAUCAUGGGCAUCUUCGCUCAAUCUGGAGAGGCUCUAUCAGCUAAAGUCAUUCGUAAUAAGCUGACUGGACAAUCUGAAGGUUAUGGAUUCAUUGAGUUUAUCAGCCAAUCUGUAGCUGAGAGGGUUUUGCAAACUUACAAUGGUGCUAAAAUGCCGAGCUGUGAACAGACGUUUAGGCUCAACUGGGCUCAGGCUGGUGCUGGAGAGAGACGCCAGACUGAAGGGGCUGACUACACAAUUUUUGUAGGCGACCUUGCACCUGAAGUCACUGACCAAAUGCUCACUGAUACGUUUAAGAGUGUUUAUGGGACUGUCAAAGGGGCAAAAGUUGUGAUUGACAGGGGAACUGGAAGGUCCAAAGGGUAUGGUUUUGUCAGAUUUGCGGACGAGACUGAGCAGAUGCGUGCCAUGAACGAGAUGAAUGGUCAAUUCUGCUCAACCAGGCCUAUGCGUAUUGGUCCGGCUGCCAAUAAGAAUCCUCUUCAGAUGCAACCAGCUAUGUAUCAAAACACUCAAGGAGGACAUGCUGGAGAUAGUGAUCCAAAUAACACAACAAUUUUUGUUGGAGGUCUGGAUGCUAACGUUACAGAUGAGGAAUUGAAGUCCAUUUUCGGUCAGUUUGGGGAACUAAUUCAUGUGAAAAUUCCUCCUGGAAAACGUUGUGGAUUCGUUCAAUUUGCCAACAGGGCGAAUGCAGAGCAUGCACUUUCGGUGCUGAAUGGAACACAAUUAGGUGGACAAAGCAUCCGUCUUUCGUGGGGACGUAGUCCUAACAAGCAGCCUGAUCAAGCCCAAUGGAACGGUGGUGGUCCUGGUGGAUACUAUGGAUACCCUCCACAGCAGCAGGGUGGCUAUGAACCAUAUGGUUAUGCACCUCCAGCUUCUCAGGAUCCUAAUGCGUACUAUGGCGGUGGUUACACUGGCUAUGGUAACUAUCCGCAGCAACGACAGUGAAAGAUCAACAUCAGCUUUAUCUACCAAUGUCUUGGAACAACCAAUGUCUUGGAACAACCAAUGUCUUGGAACAAACAUGAGUCUUGAUAGGACAUAGACUAAGAGUGAUGUCUUUUUAUUUGAUGUGAAUUUUGUUUUGCAAAUGAGUCGAUCGUGGAUUUGCUAUGAACAUAUUGUUUGCUGACAGUUGGAAACUUUAUUCUGUUUCAUAAAAAUAUUAUCCAAAAUGAUUGGAUUACCAUUUUGCUA